AUGUCUACAAUACUUGCUCUACAGAUAGAAUUGAAUGUUUAUUUCAUCACGAUUGUAUAUUUUACCGGUACGGUAACAAAUUUACUGAACAUAAUUGUAUUCAGACGUCGUACAUUUCGUAUGAAUUGUUGUUCAUGGUAUUUUAUUUGCUUAUCUUUAUCUCAAAUUCUACUACUUCAUAUCACCUGUCUUCUUCCUUUAAUUAUAUCUUGGACGGAUUACAAUGGAUUUUCGUCAGUUGAUUCACUAUGUAAAAUUCGAACGUAUGUCUCCGUUUUCUCUCUUGUACUGUUCCGACAUUUGAUUUGCACAAUAUCAAUUGACCGUUGGGUAGCAACAUCAUCCAGUGCUUGCUUUCGAAAACAGAAUUCACCAAGAAACACCCGAUGGACUCUAGUGACUUCUAUUUUACUUUGGUCUCUUCUUUCAAUUCAUGUUCUAUGUACUUAUACAGCGAAAGGAACUUCAUGUAGUCCGAUAUCAGAUACAACAUACGAGAUAUUCUUGAUAUGUUACAGCAUAAUAACAUCAAAUGGAUCGUUUUGCAUUGCAAUGAUUUUCAGUACAUUAACAGUAAUGAAUAUUCGUCAAAUUCGUCGACAGACUGAUACUACGUUGCCUACGACUACUGCUUCGACGAAUGCAGUUCUAUCUGCAACUCUAACACGUGUUCGGUUAACUCGCGCUUACAAGAGAAAUCGUCGCAAUCGACAUUUUAUACGUUUAGCUGUCUUUCAAACAGUUUUGUAUUUAAUCUUCAACUUUCUCUCAUCGUUUAGUCCGCUUCUUCUAUGUUUCAACUCACUUUUCCAUAGCCAAACAGCUGCAAUACCUUCAUUCAUUACUUCUGUUCAUCUGAUCGGAUGUUAUUUAUUCUAUCUAUAUAUCUCGGUAAGUGCCCAUGAAAAUAAUAAAGAAAUCAAUAAAUCAUCCUGA